UCAUUUACCAGACGUUGUUUACGAUUAUGGCGGCGAGUCCCCGCCAAGUGUGUCCUCUAUAGCUGCCCACUUUACUGACUCAUAUACCACAGUUUGUAGUAUAUAUAAACUUAGGAAAUUACCCUCUCAUAUCCUUUUUGUACUUAGAAUAUUUAAAGCAAGUAAUAAUUUAUAUUAAGAGAGUAUUAGCGGCAUCAAUCUCUUUGGCGCCACUCCGGGCUGGCGGGACGUGUGACAACAUCCUCGCGUUAGGAACACAUUCAAAAUGCCCAAAACCGAUGUGUUUAAACCUGGUGAUGCUGUGUUUGCCAAGGUCAAAGGAUAUCCGCACUGGCCCGCCAGGGUUGAGCAUUUUGAACCAGAUCCAUUGGGCAAACCACUCAAGAAAUACCCAGUCUUGUUCUAUGGGACAUAUGAAACAGCAUCUCUGAAGCCUGAUGACAUAUUUCCAUACAAUGAAAAUAUCGAGAGAUUUGGCAAACCACAGAAGAGGAAAGGCUUUAAUGAAGGACUGUGGCAAAUUGUUAAUAAUCCCAAUUUUGACCCCAACGUACCCAUUCCACCAGAAGUACUGGCAACUGCUAACUCUGCACCAAACACACCCAAGACUCCCAUUGCCAAAGCAGCAAAGAAACUCCAGAACAGCACCCCAGCAGUGGUAGCAACAGAUGAGAAGUCUGAUGAAUCUGAUGUGGAUCCUGGCGACUUAGUUAUUGAUGAAUCUGCUGGAAAAGGUAAGAGAGGAGGCAAAAAGAGAAAAAGACAAGACUCGGAUGGAACCUUGGAAACCCCAGCAAAGAAAGCUGCCUCGUCAGAUGUGAAGAAGACUCCCAAGGACACACCUAAACAGGUUCGUGCAUCCCAAAAAGACACACCAAAGGACACUCCAAAGCAGACACGCUUGAUUAAUAAAGAAGGUUCGAAGGAGACUCCCAAACAGCAGGCAGGAGACACAACAGAGCCACAAGUCAGUCGGAGUGGACGAUUGAUUAAACCCAAGAAGUUCCUAGAUGAGGGAGGAGAUGCUUCUCGGCCACCCUCGGCCGCUGCCGGAACCCCUGUGGCAGGUACAGAUGUACCCUCAGACACAUCUGUCCCCACAGACACACCUGCCACAACAGUAUCAGACACUACUGGUACAUCUACAACCACCAAAGCAAGCAUUGCCAUAAAGAGUCCGCCCUAUUCACCACCCAUCGCAACUCCGAAGAAGAAACUGUCCCUCUCUGGCACUGAGGAUACACCAAAACCACAGGAAGAAGUGCCUACUCCUACUGGUCCCCCUCCACCAAGGAAGAGAGGGCGCCCUCCAAAGAACAGGGACGUAGAUGCUUCUCCAAGGAUCACUAAUGCAAAUGUAACGACCCAGUCCAAGACCUCCACUAAAGACACUACCUCAAAGUCCUCCUCAUCUCCUAACAAGGCUCUAGGAGAUCAUUUAAAGCAGUCACCAUCCAAAGAAAAAACAAAAAAUCAAGCGAAGCAGAAUGAGAUUGAGCUCCCAAAAGAGAGUGACUUAGCCAGUAAACAAACGUUCCUGAAGUUAAAAACAGACAUGGAGUCCGGCACACUAAAUGCUGAAGAACUGAAGGAGUUGACUAAAGCUAAUGAAAAGGAGGAGACACACACAGCCAUUAUUGAGGAAAAUAAGAAAUACACAGAGACCUGCAAAGCCAAGCUCCUUUCCAGAUUAGGGUCCAGGUCUAUUGCAGCCUGCACAAGUGCCUCAGCCUGCGAUAAAAAGUCAACCAGCUUCACAGACAAUUCCUUGACUUCAAGGACCAUUUCCUGUUCCUCGUCUUCUUUAUCAUCAGCAAACAUACCCAUGGGAUCUUCCACACUCAACUCCUCGUCACGGGAAUCAGUUGGUUCCAAUAUGUCUGCUUCCCCAAGAACCCUGGACAUGGAGGCACAACUGCUGGACCUGGACCAGAAGAUACGUGAGGCCCUCUCCGUCACUAACCCACGUAAAGAUGAUGCUAAACUCUAUCUCGAGAGGAUGUCCAAGUUAGUCAUCUCUGGUUUGAUGCUUAAGAAGAAUCCCCAUGUUGUUGAUGCCAUUAAAAAAUGUCGUAGAUACAAAUACGAUGAUGAGGUUCGGCUGAAAGCAGACAUGGUGUUCAACAGAUUUAAGUUGCUGUUUGUGGUUCCUGAAAGUCAAGAGUGGGACUCUAUGUUUGCAGAGAAAGUUGCCGAAUUUGACGAGGCUUGUCAUAAGUCUGGUAUAUCAGAAGAGAGUAAGAUCUCGCUGGUUCGCGACCCGACCCAUCAUAGUAACUGAUGGAUCUCAAGAAGAGGCAGGAAAAAGGGGAAAGGAGAACACAAGUCCAUUAUCCAAAAGCUGAACCAGAAAAGAUCACCAAAUGCUGUUAACGAGAUCAACAAAUUUGAGCCCUAGUUAGUACUUAAUCAAGGCUUCGACUGUACGACGAGAUUAAUAUCUUGGAAUUUAAGAUAUUUUGUGUGUGUGACUAGAGGUGUAUUUUUGAAGCUUAGAUGAUACUUGGAAAUGGCUCAAGAUAAUUAGGCUAAACAGAUUCGUAGAGUUGAGACCUGGACAUAACUCCAACUUGCGGUCACGUGACUGAAUCGGUAACUUUAAGCCUACGGUGUUAUGACGACCAGUGUGGCUUUUAGCUAAACCUGAUGCGUCAAGUGUGAGUCCUAGACAUAAGGUUAAUACUUAUAAAUUCAUAAGGUAUCAUCUUUAAUGUAAGCCUAAUUCUAGUUCUUUGUAUACCUAAAUGUGUGACAAGGCUAGUUAAGUGGGCUCUGGACGAUGGUGUGUAAGAACGGAAGUCCAUGUAACUCGUAUCACUGUGUCUCACAUGUUGGAGUUUACAUGAUGAUGUUAUUGAAUGCAAAUAUGUAUUUUAAGAUUAUGUAGCAAGCAGGAAAAAAAAAAAUUAUUAGAUUUAGGUAUAUGCAGUGUGCCCAGUAUGUAUAUAGUAAAUAUAUUUUCUCUAUAUGUGUAGAGCUUUUGACAACUAAGAGCAAUCCAGCCUUAUUCCAAUUAAGAAUUUUAAAGCCAGAUCAACGGAGGUCAAGUCAGGAUUACACUGGGCUCACAUUGGAAAGUUGAGUUUCAUUUUCAUUUAUUACAUCCCCUUCCUGGAGUAUUGAGUUGUUAAGAAUGAACACUUUCAGGGUUGAUUAGACGAUCUUUUUGGGGGAGAGAAUAUGAUGAUUAUGCAGGAAAUUCAAGAGUCAAUUAGUCACUUACAAUCUUGACUCUCUGUUGAAUGAAUCUAAAGCUUCUAUAUUUCAAGAGGCUAAGCACUCGCACAUGGCUACGGGACAUGAUAACAUAUGGUUUCCUUAUUGAAGUAGUUUCUAGGGCAGAAGGCUAUGCUUUACAGGAAAUGGUUUCUGGUAAAGAGACCGUGUGCUACAUAGGGUACAGUCCAACCUCUUCCAUUUGUGCUACUAGAGAGGGCCAUUUGUACCACUUGAAGCCAUUUGCGCCACAGUUGAAGGAUAUAAAUAAAAUAGAUAACCUCCAGUAAUGGUGACUCAGACAAAUAUAAGAUUCAACUACAUUUUGAAGUAUGUUAUCACCGGUAAUCAUAAACGAGAAUAACUUGGUUGUAUAAGAAGCAAAGAUAUGUAAGGUUAUGUACACAAUGCCUCAUUUGCUAGUUAUUCAUCAUAGAAUGCCAUUGUUUGAUCUGUCUACCGAUCAAAUUUUUUUCUAAGGGGUUUCAUACUUAUAUAUCAGGAAUCAUAUCAAGGGUCCAAAGUUGGUACAUUACUGCUUUUAGAACCUAUUAUUACAUGUGUGCAAAGGUGUCUAUAACUAGUAUGCCUGUGGGCCUAAUGAUCAGGGUCAUGUCAAUGUUGAAGCUAUGAACUUAAACAAAAAUUUAGGUCCACUAGGGAGGUAAGUCUUAACACUUGAAUUUUUGUUCCUAUUUAAGUUCAGAGAUUCAGAAAUUGGCAUGACACAUCUCGAGGCUCGCAGACAGAUUUUAUGUCUGUACACAAACAUAAGUUCCAAAAAUAAAAUUGGGUCAACUUUUUCCAUUGGCAUGACCAGGUAAAUAAGAUAUUGGCUGAUUGUUGAUGGGGAAAAAAAUUCUUUUAAGUGUAGUUAUGUAUAAACUACAGAGUUUGGAUUGAUCUAAAUUUCAUUACUAUGUUUAGAUACUUCUUCUCAUUUACUGUUGGAGGAGGAUGUAAGUGAACAGUAAAUUUAUUUUAGAAAUAAAUUAAGAGGAAGGAUUUGUAAGCUUUUUCUUGUUAAGACCUGAUGUUAAGUUAGAUUGUACUGUACUUGAGAAUGAAGUUUAGAUGAGGUUUCAACUGAACAUUUUAUAAUUCAUUAAUUUGUUUCUUGGUCCACUUUUAUAAAAAAAAAUAUAGAUGACAAUGGUUAUUUGAUUUUCUUUUAAGUAUCAAGUAGAAGAUAAUUUAAUUUAAAAUUGUGAAAAAUUUCAAUGGAAAAAUUUGAUUUUUUUUUUAUUCAUUAAUGUGUCAUAUAUCUCACUAUUGUGUAGGCUGAAUCAAGAGGUAUUAUAGAAACUAAAAAAAAUUUUUGACCUUUUUAAUUUUAUUUGGUAACUUUGAAAUGCAAAAGUUAGUUAAUACACAUGAGAGUGUAGCUUCCUGAAUACUGUAAAUUUAUUUUAUCCAGCUCUGCAGUGUUUAUUGAAUUCAUAUGCAGAUGUGGUGGAAGUGAGCUUCACUGCAGAAUAUCUGUACAUCACAUUACUUAAAUAUAUAUUAUCUAUUAUCUUUACUCUACUCCCUCAUUUAUGUGGGUUGGGUGAUGAUGAUGAUGGAUAAAGGGGAUACUGGUACUGUACCUUAAAGACAAGAGGGAAUUGAUAGUAAUACAAAACAAGUGUAGAAAGUGAUAUGAAAGAGACAAGAAAAGAAAUACACGCUUCUCACACCCUUAACUCGCAUACACGGUAUAUAAAGUGAUAUCAUAAGCCUCCUUAUUCAUUCACAAUGCUUUAUAUCAAUCUCCUUUUCUGCUACACCUACAUUGCAUUUCAAAUUUUACUAUAAUGUGAUUAUACGUUGGCAGUGAAGCUCAUUCCUAGAAAGUAGUAAAUGAAGGUUUCCACAACAGACAGUGGCUGAGGUUUUUACCGUUGAUCUCAGCUCAGAAAAGGACCACAUUUAUUUUUUUUCAACAAGCAGUGCAUCCUUAUUUUGAUUAUUAUGAGUCAUUUGAUUUUUGUCUUUUCUUGGUGAUUCUGAUAUUUGAGUAUUUUUUCUUUAGAUUGAGGUAAAAGGGGCAUUAAAGUAUUGAUAUAGGGUGAAUUUCAUUGCUCAUUUUUAUGAAUUUUAUACUCUUAUGUAGGGAUGAUGACGAUCCAUUAAGAUAGAAAUGUCUGUCUGGGUCUGCAUAGUAUAAAUAGUUAAAGACGUUCAUUUUGUAGGUGUUUAGUUUAUAUUUUAAGUAACCAUACGCUUAUUAUGAAAAAAUCUGAAAUUGAUAAUGAAGAGCCUCUUAAUGGAUCUAAACCCCAAAAUGAGUCAAAUAUAUCCUACGUUCUGUAUCUUGGGCUUAAUUCAACUCUACAUGAGAAAUUACUAGCACUUGACUUGUAAGUACAAAGGUGCAUUAAGUAGUGCUAAUUAUGUAAGAAUCACUCAGAAUAAAAAUCUGAAUCACCAUAAA